GUGAACGUCGGUCGUGUUCGUAUUUACUCUGCAGUGAUUCGGAAUGCUUUUUUAUGUGUCAUUGUAAGUAGUGUUAAACUCAGUUAUCCAUUCGUGAAUGCCUUCCUCCCACAAUACCAUUAGUAUGUUAUGGUCCAGCUACGUUUUAACAGCAUCAAGACGACUAUUGAGUACAUAAAACAGUUGAAAUGUGACCAGGUGUUCACAUCUAGCAUGGUGUAUGCUUUAGUAAGGGGUUUACUGAGCUUUUCAACUUCAAAGGAGGUUUGUUUAGUGAUUGUGCGUGAUUUGUASUGUCGUUUGUUGUAGUGAUUUCCAUCGAUGUUUAUGGUUCAAAAUCUCCUAAUCGAAUCUUCCAAACGAAAUCAUUGCUUUUGUGUUGACGCUCACGUAAUGAACGGUAAACAAAGAUGAGUAACUCUUGUCAUUUGACGAUAGCAAACUAAACACACAUGAGAUCCUCUGACACUACUCAAGAUGAACCCUUGACUUCAGUGAAAGAGAUCUCGACCCAAUAGGCCGAACAUUUUAAUUCACAUCGAAUGGAGCUGCUUAGAUUUCAUUCAAAAUUCAUAUCCAGUUCCAUUUCAAAUGUAAACAAAUUGGGAUUGGUACUCGACGGCUAUUGGUUGACCAUCUCUUAUCCUUAGUGCCUUUAAAGCGUCCGUUCCCCAUUUCUCUGGAGUCGCCGCCUCACGUGUCGUUGCUGCUCURGUCAUGUACCACAAAUCGUUGUAGGGUUUUGGACUGAGCAAAGGUUACUGGUAUAGAUGGGUAAACAGAACAGCAAGCUUAAGCCCGAGAUGCUUCAAGAUCUCCGAGCAAACACCGAAUUUAAUGAACAAGAACUACAAGAAUGGUACAAAGGAUUCCUAAAGGACUGCCCAUCGGGACACUUGACUGUAGAAGAAUUCAAAAAGAUCUACGGGAACUUUUUUCCUUAUGGCGACGCGUCAAAGUUUGCCGAGCACGUUUUUCGUACUUUCGACAAGAACGGCGAUGGGACGAUUGACUUCCGAGAGUUCAUCUGUGCGCUCUCGGUGACCUCUCGUGGGAAACUCGAGCAGAAGCUGAAAUGGGCGUUCAACAUGUACGAUUUGGAUGGCAAUGGAUACAUCUCAAGACAGGAAAUGCUGGAGAUAGUCAAAGCUAUCUACAAAAUGGUAGGCUCCGUCAUGAAAAUGCCCGAAGACGAAAGUACGCCAGAAAAACGCACCGACAAGAUUUUCCGACAAAUGGAUAAAAAUUUGGAUGGAAAACUGUCAAUGGAUGAGUUUAUCGAGGGCGCCAAGAGUGAUCCGUCUAUUGUCCGGCUAUUGCAGUGCGACCCGUCAAGUGGUGCUGCAUCCUAGGUUAUAUAUCGUAAUCCAUUCUAUAUUAUAAUAGCGAAACGUCCCGCUGUUAAAGUCUAGUGUAUUCUUUUAAAACAACUGCCUUACAUCAUCAGUUCUUAGGUGGUUCGAUUCCUAAAACAACGUGACAUGACUUAAAUGUUGUACUUCACUUUGUUUUUUUGUUAUUCAGAAUUUGUACAGCUUGUCGAUUUCAACGAACCACCCCCUAUUAUAAAUGGCAAGCGCAAUUGCCUUUCCUUUUAGAAUAUAUAAGAUUAAUAUAAUUCAAUAUUCCUAGGUCUUUAUGUGAUUAGACGUACGAUUUUAUUAUUCACUUCUUGUCAUUUUGUCAAAACUCGUGGUGUUCCACUUCCUCGACGGUAGCUCGCUAGUCAGGUCUAUUCGACCGCCCGCCCGCAAGACUGUGGUCUCGAAAUAAGCACGUGACCAUACCAAGAUGGCGUCGUAGCACGCCGCGCUCUAGAGGUCCUUUCCAUUUUGAGAAGCGUGCAUAAGAGCGCAUUGUCGACAAGCAGACCGUUAGCUGGCUGGCCAGAGUAAAAUUGUUUGCCGACAAGAGAUCUAUAACCUUAUAAUACUAUUAGUUACUGUAGUUAUAAUUUGACUUUUUUUCCUAAUUAGUACGUAUCAAUUAGUCUCAUUGGUGGCAGUGUGACCAGAAACUGUUGUAUUAGGAAUUGAUGAAUUAAAAAUAAUUAUUAACAAAUCAAGACUGACAAGACAUCAUGGAAAUGGCGAAACCAGAUUUUGCUAUGAUAGAAAAAUUCUUUUUCGAAGUUAUAAUGUCAUAUCAUGCAUUUCCCAUGUGUCUUUUGGGUCACAUGUCACCUCAGUUUCUGUCGAUUUGGCUGGACAACAUGAUUGAACAUGCUGCGCCCAAUGUAAACGAAAUCCUUCCCAUUUGAUUAUAGCAGAUGGCUUCAAAUGUAUUUAACUAGGUGAAAAAAGCUGUGAAAGUUGUUGAAUAAAAACAAAUACAAAACUGUC